GUCUCUCUCCCUCUCUCGCGGCCGAUACCGUUUGUCGUCAAGCGGGGCCGCCAUGAUCGUCCCGGCAGUGUUGUGUGGACUCUCGCGAUUCUUCGGCCAGGCCCAGGCAUACGAAAACACGUCCAUUUCCUGAGGCGCCGUAGACGGAUUCGCAUCUAGCGCGCAUUUACCGAUCACGCUGUGCGCUGCAAUGGCGGUGUAGACACUUCUGAGCGCAGGGCUCGCUUAUCUCACGGUACUACUGCAUUGUGUCUCGUAAUCUGAAUGGACAAUAAGGUGGAUGUGACAGAGGCUGAAAAUAUUUCAAUGAUUGGAACAUCUGGAAUUUUUCACUUGCCUGAUGUACCAGAGAUAUCGGAGGCACUAGAAUCAACUGGUCUUAGUCCCUUGACUUCUUCUCUAGAUCAGACUCUUACACUACAAGAAGACAAGGCUCUUUCGUCUGAAGUUAAUAUGGGCAUUGAAGAUACAUGGACUGAAGCGAAUAGUUCAACAUCUGAUUAUGCGAUUCCUCUUCCUCCACCACCUGGGUUAAAUGAUUUCACUGAUAUUGGUGCUGAUCCUAUUGAUUCUGGAACUGGCAUCGAACAUGGUCCAUUUCUGCCACCUGGCACGCCAGCACUUAACAAUAUCUUUGCAGAAGCUGGAGAUUCCCACGAUGACUCGCCAAUGGAGGUAGUUGUUCUACCUGCAGGUGUAUGCGGCCUUCGUAAUUUGGGUAAUACCUGUUUUAUGGCAGCUGGGUUACAAUGUUUGACUGCAACUCCUCCUGUCCUACGACAUUUCUUGGAUUUACAGCAGAGAGGAGAGAAACUGCCCCCACCUGGAUCACUAAUGGCACACUUCAGUUUACUUCUUGGAAAAAUGUGGUCUGGGAGGUACAGUGUACUCAGACCAACAGAAUUUAAGCAAACUUUAGGGGCUUAUCAUUCACAAUUCAAAGAUUAUAGGCAGCAUGAUUGUCAAGAAUUUCUGGCGCUUUUGUUGGAUUCCCUCCAUGAACAAAUGAAUACGGCAAAAUGUGUCAAAAAUAGUCAAGUUUCAUUAUCUACAACCACUGCCAAUUCUUUCAAUUCUGUUGAAAAUUCAAAUGGAAAAACCCUUUCCCCUGUCACUGCCACGGCCAAUUGUAAUUCAGAUCUUUUGGAAAUGUAUGAGUGCUUGUCACCAGAUUGUCCAAAUAGUCCGAAUGUGACUAUGGCUGGUUCACCAAGAGAGUUUGAUUCAUCGAUUGGAGAGCUCGAUAGUAUCACGAAUUCACCGAGAGAUUCACCGUUAAAUGGUGAAGAUGAUGAAGAAACGCUAGAUUCAGAUGAAACUAUCGAGGCGAGAUCGAGCACUUUUAUUCACAACAAAGUAAAUGAAGAAAGCGCAAGUGAAGUUACUCCAACACGAUCCUUGAGAUUAGACACGUUAAUUGAAUUAUCAAAAAGCGUACCUCAGUAUGGUUUAUAUGAUAUUCAUAAAGAAGCUAAGACGAGUAAUGCCAAUUUCUUAGUAACACAACAAGAGUGUAAUAACGAAAUUCAUUAUGACUCACAGAAGUUUCCCAAGGAUAAUGCUCGCAGAAUGCCACUAGACAAUUCAAACUUAAUGGAGAAUCAUGAUUUUGAUAAUAAGAGCGUUAGUAUUAAACGCAUAAAGGAAGUCAAUGUUCAGAAGGUCAAUGGUAGUCUCGAUCCCGCGUCAAACAGUGCUGAAAUUGAGUAUGAUAGCGGUCUGGAAAAAUGUAAUGUGAAACGCAUGAGAUUAGAUGAUCAGGAGAAAAAUCACAAGCAUGACGGUCUUAGCAGUGAGAGUACCCAAUGCUCGCGGAUUCCACAGAAUUAUGGAAACGGCGCUAUUGCUGCGCAGGACGAGCUCGAAGCGGAUAAGCAUUGGGCGAAACACUUGCGAUCAAACAGGAGUAUCAUUGUUGACACUUUUCAGGGGCAAUUUAAAAGCACGGUCAUAUGUUCGGUUUGUAACCAUGUUUCUGUUACAUACGAACCUUUUAUGUAUCUAUCGGUACCUUUACCUCAUGCUAUGGAGAGACAAUUGAAUGUCAUGUAUGUUCCUGCCAAUGGUGAUCAACCUAUAAAAUGUGUUAUCUCUGCGGAAACAUCACUCUGUUGGAUUCUACAUCAAGGUUUUAAAUUUAAGGACGACAAUACACUCUUGAGACACGUCAAUGAUACGAAUCGCUCGAUAUACGCCUUCGAACUCACGGAACCUCCCGAUGCAUACACUUCAGUGUCUGAUGGCGGUGGGGAUCGCCCAGCGGAAAUGGACUCUUGCCAAAGAUGUACUGUUACGGGCGAGGAAGUGCCGUGUAUGAUAUGUCUUGAGGAGUUGGAUGGCGAUUUGAAGAGGCACAGUGGAAAUAGCUGUAACUUUAUUAUGUGUGAUCCGUGUAUCGAGAAUUACUUCAAGAAUCAAACGGAACCUCAAAUGUGCCCGAUGUGUUCUACAUAUAUGACAGCGUCGUCGUUUACGAAAAUAGACCAAACUGGUCGACCGAGGCCCACCGUACGUAUUCUGAGUGUACCUUUGGUGUUGAGGCAUGACACGACGAAUGAGACAACAAACAACCGCAAAAGUACAAAGCUUUUCGGUUAUCCACACUUAAUACGACUCCCAUCGAGAGUAAACGCACGGGAUUUAUACGACAUUAUCAAGAAGAAUGUGCCUCACGAAGGACACUACACAGUUCAUUUUGUUGAUGGACAGGGUCAUCAUUGUUCACGAUGUAUGUACACGGCGCAUUGUACAGGAUGUAGCGUACCUGAGACCGGAAUGGUUGCGUUACAGAAUGGUGAUACACUUGCGGUUCGUUAUACCGAAUAUGUUCCUAAGAUUUUGCAUCCCAUCGAUCAUGUUAGCAUUACCAAGCAACGACCGCAUCAUCCACUAUCUCUUUAUGAUUGCCUUCAAGCAUUUAGUCAAAGCGAAACUUUAGAUGAACAUAACCCUUGGUUUUGUCCGAAAUGUGGAUGUAAUCAAUGUGCUACGAAAACACUUACGGUACAUCGAUACCCUAAAUUUCUUAUUGUAUAUCUUAAACGAUUUGUGUUUUAUGAAUGCGCAAGUAUGAAGUUAGACGAUAAAGUCACAUUCCCUUUGGUGGGUCUAAGUGUAGGACGCCACCUUUAUGAUCUCUAUGCCUGCGUGUGCCACUUUGGAGGCGUGUCUGCGGGUCAUUAUACAGCGUAUGCAAAAAAUCCUCGUACGGACGUGUGGUAUUAUUACAACGACGAAAUUACAAGCAGACAAAAACCGCAAGACGAGGAUUUCAGUAAUGCAUACAUAUUGUUUUAUAGUCGACAAGGGACCAAUUUGAAACCGUGCAAUAUAUAACAAGUGGUGUGUUUAUCUUGGUAGCCUAUAGAACAAGUUGUUCAGUCAAAAAAAAAAAGGAACAAAUGGGGCUGGUAGUAAAAGGAUGGAGUGUGACGGAAGCGAGAUUGAUAUUUGCGUUCUUCCACAUGUAUACACUGCGAAGAUUUAUUCGCAUACUUUAUACGUUGCAAUUUUUCCUUUAUUUUAUUGCGCUUCUGUCUCCCCCGCACAUCCAUCUUCCUCUCUCCUGCCUCUGCUAGGAUUAUCUUUUAAAAGUGCAAUGAAAUGCGUAUUUUAUACACGCGCAGAUUUGCGCUCAAUUAUGUGAAAUAUUGAUAGCUGUCGCCGUGUUUUCGUGAUUGUUAUGCGAUUUUUCGAUGAAGAAUAACUAUGUUUUCGCAACGGUACUUUGGCGUUCUAGCGCAAUUUAAGCCUGACCCUAUUUCGCGGAUACUGAGAACUGAAAAUGUUUGUACUGCAUACAUUGUAAGCGUAUGUCGAAUUUGUACAGUAGACAGUUAAAUGUAGAACUCGAGGAUUCUAAACACCUAAUUUAUUAGUGAAUAAAGGUGAACGUGUCAUACUUGAAAUCAAACCUAAAUUACCAUUCUCACUAACUGGUGGAGCAUCAUGUUUCGCCAGGCUUUCUUUAUCUGAGCAGAGGAAUGGGAGAAUAUACGCUUAUCAAUAAAAAAAUGUUGCGCUUAUUCGAUACUCCGUUAUCAAAGUGAGAAAAUGGAAGGAUUGUAAAGUGAAGCAGAAUAUACACAAUUUAUGAAACGCAA